AUGCCUGUCCAGACAAUGCAAGGGAGUAAGAAGUACACAGAUGGACUCAGUGACUCUUCAAGCAUCGGGAGUGUCUUGGAUGACGCAGAUAGAGAAGUCAGCAAUCUCACAGACCGAGCCUUUAGAAGUUUGUGCAUUUCAGAGGACACAUCCUUCAAUGACUCCAAUCUUGUCAUUUCACCAGAUUUUGCCCAGCAGUUUUUUGGUAGCUUUCGACAGGGAACAGGCAGCCAUACCAUCAAGAAAAGCAACCUUUGCAAUAGGAUACAAGCACAUGGAAAUGAGCAUGCAGGCUGGGCAUCUACAUUCCAACAGUUGCCCAAGUAUGUCCAAGGAGAGGAAAGAUCCCCCAAAAGCAACACACCACCACCAGUCACCACACGGAGAAAACUGGAAAUCCCAGUUUCUGGUAUGAGAAGUAGUAAACCUGUAUCCAAAGUAUCUUCAUUAAUUAAAUCUUUUGAUAGGACAGAAAAUACAGGUUCUGACAGUCUGCCUCCCACCAGCAAACAGUCUGCUCUAAAAAACCCUCUAAAAUGUGUACCUCUACCAGGAAGUGGUGUGAAUUUUUGCAUGGAUUCAGCUUUUUUAACUGUCAGGAAGGUACCUGCUGAAAUUUCCAACACAUAUCAAAAUACCAGUUGGCCUGGUGGCAGGCAAGGGACACCAAAUUCACCAAGCACUAAUGACUUAACAUCUAGUGUUGACAGUUUUCAAUCAGCCUCAUUGGAUGCUUCCAAGACAUUUGAAUCAAAUAUCCAUCUUCCACCAACAAAGACAGCAAAGGGUAAGACCGGAAAAGCUAAUGAACGGACAAGCAAAGGGAAUUUUCUUCAUAGUGAAAACAGUGCUUUUGAGUCAUGGAAUGCACAUCACAAGAAACUGCUUGAGAGGAAGGAAGCUGAUGAACUAAUGCCAGAAGUCAAAUCUCCCUCAAAUUAUGAGGAAAACCCACCACCACUAAGAGAGCUCCACCCAAGCAGACAUGAAACAUCACCCAGCCACAGCAGAGUACCCAUGAAUCCAGAAGAGAAAGCCCUGGUGGCAGGGACUCCAUCCACCUCUCUAUCCCAAGUAUCUAGUGUUCAAUCAGUUCCCGAAUCCCAAAACUUUGCCAUGGAGGAGAAGGCUCCCAGUUCAGAGCUCAAGGUUCAAGUAGAGACUUCAAGAGUCCCAUGGAGGAGAUCAAAAAUCAGCAAAGGAGGAAAAGAGAGAACACAUGAGCCUUCAAAUGAAAAGAAGACCCAUGGGAAAGUCCUACCUUUGUACAAAAGGCCAGAUCCUACAGGAGAGUUUCCUGAAAAUGAUGUAAUAGAAGAACAAGUAAACUCAAAUGAAUGCUAUGAUCCUCCUUUUAACAUCAGUAAGCUUUUGACACCUGUCAUACCAACAAAGCAUGUUCUAGACUCAUUAGAAAAUCAGUCAGAGUUGGCAACACUCCCUCCCCCAGAAAAGUCAGUGGGAUCAAAUGAACAUGAAGGACUUAAUGAAUAUCAAUCUCGAGAUAGUUAUAAGUCAAAAGUGCCUAGUUUGUUGUUCAAUCUCAAAGAUGUCCGAAAACGAGUCAAGAGUACUUACAGUGCCUCCCCUCUCCUAAAAAGCCAUGAUGAGAAAACAAAAGCUAGGGAUCAUGUAAAGCAAGAAAAUAUAAGCAAUGGUACUUUUAUGUCCAAUGGAGCUGAAGAAAUUUCCCCAUACAUGUCAACCAAAGACAAAUUGAACCACCAACCCUAUGUCAAUAGCAAGGAGAAGGACCAUAAAGGAGAUAUUAAUGGAGACUUCACAGAUAAUUACCUAACUCUUAGCUCAUCUCAGACUCUAGAGGAACCCUCCUUUUAUGUCAAUGGGGAGACUUCAGAACAGAAUGAUUUCAAGAACGAUGACCUAGACAUCAAAGAUCCUAGGAACAGUGAAAUGGACUCUCAGCAGUAUCACCACCAAGCAAAUGAACAUAAUUUAAGGAAAAGUCAACCUCACCUCUCCUUGAAGCUUUGCAGAAGAGAUCUAGUGGAUGGAAAAGUUGAAGAGAAACUGAGUAUUCACCACCUUGAAAACGGAUUACCAAGAUCUAUUUCCCAAGAGACUGACCAUGAGAGAGAUGUAGGAUCACAGAAUGCCAAUUUCAGCCAGAAAAUCUCACCAGGUCCACUUUCCCCAGAGGAAGAAGAUGUGUUCUAUAGUGACACCCAGUCUGAUUUCAUGCCAAACCUCAAAAGCAAGGCCAAAAUAAGCACUAGUUCUUCAGACCAAUCUUUUGCCUCAUUUGAGGAUCAGCAGAAAACAUGGUUUACAGAAUGCCAAAGGGAAGAUAGAAAGAGUAGUGUGAGCCUAGAGGAAAGUCAGAAAAUUGAGAAGAAAGAAAAAGGUCUAAGAAAGGAUGAUUUGCAAUACUAUGCUUUAAGCAAUGACUUUGCUAGUGUUGAAGACAGUAACAAGAAAGAAAUGUCUCAGAGAGAAGGUGAAAGCAUGUCUAGAGAUAGAGUGAUGAUUGAGUCAAAGGAAGAGGCCCAUUGCAGAGAUGUUUGGUUAGGAGAAAGUAAGAACACUUCUUUUCCUGAUACCAAAGAUCCUCCAUUAUCACUGUCCCCAAAUUCAAACAAGCACAUUAUGUUUACAAUCAAAGACAAUACCUUCAAAUCAUCUCCAGUGAUCAAACCCAUCAUACUGCCCCUACUGAGGACUUCAUCCUCAGAAAAUACUCCUAGUAAUAGCCAGAGAGAAGUAGAGAGCCAAUUGGGAGAACAUGGAGAGAACACUCACUUCUACCAGCCAGAAUCCCAAGAAAUACCAAAUGCUCAAAAAACUGGCCAGCUCUCAUCAUCAAGCAGUCAACCUGGUGCCUACAAUAAAAUCUACAGGAGCAUGAGUGAUAGUGGACAGGUUUUUGGAUCAGUAAAGAUGGAAAAUGUCCAGCCAAUGUCAGAAGCCACUCUUCCAGAAGAUGACAGCAACCCCCCGUUCUUCCCAUACGUGAAAGAUAGUGACGGUGUCAGACCCACUCAAAAGUUAUUAAAUAAAGUUGUGGAAGAUGAUCAUGAAAAUCGCUACAAGAAUAAAGAGGAACGUAUCCCCUUAAGAGUCAAACCCACCAUCAUUUUGCCAAAUGAAGACUCUGGGAAUCAACCACCAGCAAGCCUGUUAAGAGGAGCCCGUUCAGAAGAGAAAAUUCAAUAUUCUAGAAACCACUUAUUGUCCACUCCCAGGGAAGGGUCUUUGGUGAAAAACAUAGCCCCUAGUGAGAUGAUGAACUCACCUAUAGCCAGCUCCAUAGUAGACAACAGUGCUUAUCCCCCUGCAGCCAGCGCCAUAUUGGAUGAUGCACCACAAGGUCCUCUAGAUUCAGGUAUAUCACAGGGAGAUUGGCCAAACUCAGCCAUAACAAGCCCCUUGCCCAGCACAUGUUCCAGCAUAACCAGUCUAGGAUCAGAGAGAAAGGCUGGUGUCAAAACAGCAAGGGAAGAUAUUACACAUGCUGUGGUACCAAGUACAGGAGGUAACCCCCAAUUUGAUUCAUCUGCUGAAGAAAUCAUGGCUUUGUCUACCCGGGACACCUUGUUGGAAGAGAUCAGCAGCUGGGCAGCUCCCUAUGAGAGACCACAGUCCAUCGCUCACAUGGAAAAGUCAAUGAACAAACCACCAGCUGUCCCACCGAAAACUGAAAAAGCCCUAAGACGAGCAAAGAAAUUGGCAAACAGAAGGAAAAAGAUGAACCUGCAGCAUGAAAAAUUGUCUGAAAUCCAAGAGGAAAGCCCUCAAAUGGAAGGGUCAGAUGUGAUUUGGAAAAGGCCUGUAAGCCCUGCAGAGACUCCACAAUCCAACUUCCCCCCCGUCCGUUCUCUUCCACCUCCUGUUCACCGGCGCUCAGUGGCCACACUCUCUGAGUCCAUUAGGAGGAGGCCUAGUGGGGCUCAGUCAGUAAUCCCUAUGUCCUCCUACCCUGCCACCCAGAAGAAAGUCCUCCAGGACCCUCACACUGGAGAGUAUUUUGUGUUUGACCUACCCCUCCAGGUGCGAAUCAAGACAUUCUAUGACCCAGAGACUGGCAAGUAUGUCAAAGUAUCCAUCCCUUCCUCUGAAAUUGGCUCCCCUGAAAUCCCCUCUUCAGAAAUUUUAAAUUCUCCUUACUUGGUGUAUCCUGGACUCCACCCUCUACCAGUGACUUCUUUAACACCCCUGAGGUCCUCCUCACAGCUCUCAGCACCCACUUUUCUAAGGCAGGAGCCUCAAGCCAGGGAAUCAGCUGACCACUGGCAUCAGAGCUUCAGAGAUGCCAAACACCCAAGUUCUCAGCCGUAUGCCGAGCCUGUACAUAAUUCUGCAAAUCAUCACACGGAAGAAGUUCCACGGAGCUUAGAGAAGGACAUUAGUGAAGCUCAAAAUUUGGACAUCAUUUCCAUUGAUGAUUUAGAGGACUUUGCUUCAGAAGGGAUCUCUUGA